AAGUUUUGCUUGCUUCUCUUGCCAAAAAUGUCACACAGAUAAUUUUCUGCGACUACCACGAGCACGGGAUGCAAGGACGUGAGGGCUUGCCACUUCCUAGGCUAGCUCACUACUCGGACACGUUCAUGAGACUACAGGUCAAGAAGCAUGCAGCGAGGAACGGGGUGGAUGCUGGCUUUGAGGUAUCAGAUGUGCCUAGAUCUCCGGCAUUCAAUGUUGCUUCUGGGAGUGCAGCUCUAGCCCAACCGUUGAACACACCAAGCCCUGGUGUGCAUGCUACGGCUGCCGGAUUUGGCAUGGCCCAGGACAAGGAGGUGGAUCCGCAGAUUCUAGCGGCUCUAAGGGAAGCAGUGGAGAACCAGUUCAGAAAACGCGAGGAGGCAUUUGUCAAGAUGGUCGAUGAGGCGAAAGAUAAGGUACUGGAAGAAAUACGCACGAAGGCAGCUGCAAAACGGCAGAGAGAUCUAGAGGAAACUCUAGAUGAUUUCAUUGAAAAGGUUAAGAGGCAAGCUCCUGUUGCUGCGGCAUUUCCUAAUGUGAGCCAGUCCCGCAUGUUCCAAGAAGGAUGACAGAUAUUGUCACCGAUCUCGCAGCAAUGUCACGUGAGGCGGCGCGUUCUCUCAUGGCUGCUGUGGUCCGAAACGAGGGUGCAAAUAAGGAACAUGUGCCGGAAGCAGGCCAAGCUGCUCGUCAGGGCGCGGCCAUUACAACCAUCGAGUCUGCACGUGGAAAAGAGUCAGUGGCCCCGCUUGAGUAUGAUGAGCCUAUGGUGCCUGAUGACGAGCCGGAGGAUAAGCCAAUGAUAGAAGAUGUAAAAGGCAAAGGUCCUGCCAUUCAAUUGCCUCCUCGUAGAUGCAUGAGACAGACUACCAUGCAUGAGGCCCUUGGCUAUGGUGCAAGGGAUCAAGUGGUGCCUGAUAUGAUGCAUCGUGGAGAUACCACCAUGGGCGAAGCUGUUGCGCCGGACCUGCCAGAACAACGUAUUUCUACAGUCACACCGCUAGGGAACAAGAGGCUUGCCUUACCUGGAGGUGGCCAGCAGAGUAACCCACUACCUCUAGCGGUUGUUCCAGCAAUGCCACCCCAGCCACCUGCUCCACAUAAUUAUGGCUUUUCGCCGUUUGAGCUGGAACUUCAUCACUUCUUCUACCCAGACCACGUCUGCAUGGAUUUAUAUGAGACGGCCGAAAUGCUUAGCGAGCCGUCCGAACUUAGUAGGACUUGGUUCGAACACUUCAAUCCUACUAUCCUACGCCUGGAUGGUCACAAGAUCAAGUACCAGUUCAGUUUGCUUGGAGAAAUGUUGUACACGGGACUCGAUGCAUGGGUGCGUGGGUGGAAUGAGAGAGAGAGUAGGAUGAUGCAAGAGUACACCUGCCAAACUGGAGGGGUUUGGUUCCUCCUGAUGUUCUGCUACACAUGGAUAGCAUCGAUACUGCCGAGACACGCGAGCUCUUGUUGGGGAUGCUUGCUGCACCAAGGCUAGGUUUUAGGCUCUGCCUGUGCCGUCUGAUUAUGAUGCCAGCGUGGCUCUGCCAUGCUUGGAGCUUGUACGUCUUUGACAUGGAGCGCAAGAUACUCAAUGUGCUUGAUCUGUUGUGCACAGAUCAGACUACGCGUGUGUAUGAGAUAAAACAUGGUAGUACGGUGCGCACGGUUGUUAGAGCUUUGAAGAUUAUUGGCAUGAUGAUGGAUGACGGCUGGGAUAUGGACAUUACCAAAUGGAAGGUGGUCUAUAAUGUGGGGAUGCACGUUUCGUGCAGUGGGGGUGAGACACCCGGGUACAUUGCGUACUACGCUGACAACUUCAACGGUUUCGGCCUCGAGGAAGAUGUCCCAGUUCAUGGGCUUCCACAGCGUCGGAAGAGAAUGCUUUACGAGACAUUAGCAUGCCAAGGCAACACUGCUCCUCGCCCUGGCAUAAUGGAGAUAGUUGAGGAAGAGCAAGAAUAGAUAUGCACCGAAUGAUUGCGUCAUUCGGGCAUCAGUUCGUUCGUGGCAAGGUGUGCCAUUUUUUGUAGCUGGCUUGCAGCCGGUUUUGUCAUCCAAUGAGAUGUGUUGGGAUUGGCAUUCGCAUUAUCGCUUGAACUUGCUUAGUUGUAAUUUCUAUGUGGAGUGAGUUGCCAUGCACGAGGGCAACUGUAUUUUGUGAACACGACUUCUGGUUGCUAAUCAGCCGUGACCAUACAUGAGUAUG